GUGUCAAGGGGCCGGGUGUCAAUCAAAUAAUUUUUAAAAAAUGGCCCGCGAUGAUGAGCAUUAACAUUCGUUUUUGGCGAAACAAACAACUUCUCUUUUUCAGCAUUUGAUUCUAUUGGGCAAUGGAGGGAACAUCCUUCUCCACGCCGGCAGUCAGCUACAAACCCAGGGACUUCACAUCGGCCAGUAAAAGAUAUUCAAGACUAACAACAGGUAAUGCACAAAGUAGCUAUGAGCCAUACCACAGUACGCCCAAGCAACCUUCUCCAGGCUCCGCCCACAUUACUUCCUAUUCAACGUCCUCCCUGCCUGUCGGCCAUUCCAGUGGGACGGCCCACAGCUACGUGAAGGGCUCCCCCAGUGUUGGAAUGGGGAAAACUUCACCGAGUCCGAAUCGAGUCAGAGCUGGAAGUCCAUCGAGGGGAUUCGCAUCUCCACCGCGACAUAAUUAUGUGUCUGAGCUUGAGACCACAACCAUCCAGAAGCAACGCAAGGAACUCCAUCUUCUCAUAGGUGAGCUGCAAGAUCGUGACAGAGAACUCAACGAGAUGGUUGCAUCUCAUCAGAAACAACUCCUAGCCUGGGAACAGGAUCGACAGAAGCUACUCACUUUAGAGCAACGUUAUUCCAGGCUAGAAGGUGAGUUAAAGAGUCGGUCCGAGCAGCUAAAGAGUCAGUCUACUCAGCUGAAGGUUCUUGAGUCUCAGGAUCAGUCCAAAGAACUUGCUCUUCAAUCAACACAGAAACAGCUGGAGCAGAUGUCAGAGAAAGCCAGCGCUGCCUCAAGACGUGCACAUGAACUAGAGGAACACACUGUCCAACUGAAUGGGAUGAUGCGUGACCUUUCUAGUAAAGUAGGUCAAUUUGAGGCCAGGGAACAAGAACUUGUGACCAUGUUAAAACUAAAGGACAAUGAUUUGGCCGAGGCAUCCGCACACAUCACUGACAUGAGUGGCAAACUAAAGAGAUUUGAUCGCGCUAACAAGGAGAUUCGACAAACUGAGGCAGCAACGAGAAAAGAGCUGGCAACUUUGAAGCAAAAAUGGAAUGGAGAAAAACAAGAACUGGACAAAAUGAAAGGUCAAUUGAAUGAGCAGAAUAACACCAAUACUGAGCAGAGUAUAGAACUGGGACAACUACAAGGAGAUUUACAGGCUCUUCAGCAGGAACUCACACUGGCAGGCGAAAGAGAGAAACGAAAAGACCAACUUCUUGAGCUUCAGCGCUCCAAACAGGAGAGAACUGACGCUGAAUUGACAAACCUCCGGCAGGUGUACGAACGACAGCAUCGAGAUCUCUCACUCCUUCAACUCAAUCUAGACAGCAAGAAUGAAGUACUCAUCCGAUCGCAACUCAGCAACUCACUACAUGAUGAGCACACUCGCAGCCAUAAUGCCUCAAGAUCACCGGGCAACUUAUCGCGCAAAAGCCAUGAGUCGUCCCUACCCAAUAACAACAGCCUGAUAGAGGGCGGUCUAGUUGAUGACAACGGUGAGCCUGGUGGACCUGAGUUUAGUAGCGGUGACACUGAGGACCUGCUGACAGCCGACUCUUCAGGGGAGACCCAAGCUGAAACAUCGCCAACGAGUAAACUUCAUCGAUUACUCACAGAAUCAAGACAGAUGGUCCAAAACUUGGAACAGACGACGCUUCCCCCUUACAUCAAUAAACCAAAUAAACAGGAUGAGCAAAGCAGAGCUAAUGAGACUGGAGACCAAAACUAAAUGUUUUCCGUUUAUCGCAAGGUUUUUAUAAAAGCUUGACAAUCUCAGGAACUGAAAUAAGUACACCAGAGGGUCUUAGACUAGUAGAGGAAAUUAAGCUUAGCUUUAAGGUGUUUAGCAACAGUUUAUGAUAGACCUACGCCCAGUUUCUUAAAGCCUGUAAGCACAAAAACUUGCUAAGCACGUAUUGCUUAGCAGAUCAGGUUACCAGCCUAAAUUACGUUGAUUUUGCAUUGUUGUGGCUAGUGCCCCACUCAAAUUUUGGUUAUAAACGAAACUUGUCAAACAGUAUUUUCUGUUUAGCUGCUUCAUGAAAUUGUGCCCAGGAUUCAAUCUCAUUAAGCAUGUAAGCACAAAAACUUGCUCAGUGUCUAUCAUAGGCCUGUGUAGGGUAAAACCAAAAUAAACUUAUUUUGUCUUAAAGGAUUGGGCAUCCAUGAAUAUAGUUUGCCCAAUUUUUCUAACUUGGGUCCUGUUUCUUAAUACUGCUUACUUGCUGUUUAUGCUUAUUAUAGCAGGAAAAUUUGCAAGUGUGGAAAAAAAUUGUAUUUCUAUAUCAGUUCUGAUGAGUUCGCGUGUGAGCAUUUUUCCUUGCAUUUGCAUCAGUGCUUCACUCAUGUGCCUAUAAGAAUUUUUAUAAUAAAAUAAAAAAAGGAAAUUCUGCCAAGGUGCAAUCUGUAAAGCGGGAAACUUCUGAUUAUAGGUUGAAUGAAAUUUCCAAGUUGUCAGGAAAUAUUUUAUUAAAAUAACCAAUAAGAUUGAAUUAUACCGACCUAAACUCAUACCUCUGAAGUUGAAAAGACAAACAUUCUUCUCUGUCUUUAAUUACAAGAAACACUUAGUGUAUUACUUUAUAUAGUAUUUUUGUAGUUUUUUUCUACUAAUUAUCUUUAAGAAAGAUGUAAAUCUAUGCUUACUAUGCAAUGUUUCUCUCCCUGUCAACCAUUUCAUACACUGGGAUUCGAACCCACACGCCGAUGACUUAACCAUCAGAACUUGAAUUUGAUCCUCUAAACCACUCGGCCAUGAGACCCUUUGAGAAAGGGUAUUCUAAUUUCAAGUGUUGUAUAAAUUUCUUGUCGAUGGAAAGAAAGAUAUAUAUCUUGCGCGCUGGAAGUAUUCUUAUAAUAUGCUCGAGCAGGUGAUUGCCUCCAAAUUUUCCUGUAGAAAGUGCCCAGUGUGACAAUGCUCUUUGACGGUAACACCCCUAUGUUCCGACAUCCCUAUAUUCCGACACCCCUGGUGUAUUUUCCUAAUCCCAACCUAAACCCUAACCCUAGAGGGCAAAUCAUCAGAGGUUUUCAGAACACAGCGCUGUCGGAAAUAUAGAGCAGUCACCCUUGGGAGAUCUCUUUAGAAGCAUUAUGUGAGAUUUUUCUGACGACUCUAUCGACUGUGGUUUGGGAUUGUUUUUUUGCCUUACUCUUGUUUGACUAGUACUGCCUUAUUAGAUGUAUUGAUCCAAUUCACCUAACAUCAUCACAAUAAUCCAUGGUUGCGCCAUUUUGGGGGUUGUUGUAUAGUUUAUUGCACAUUGUAGGAGAUGUACCAUCUAAACGCUUACCAAAAUGGCAAGCAUGGGAAAGUCACUUGUGACGUUGGUGAAAGGAGUCAAUACUCAACUUUUUUAAUGAAAUAUUUUAUAAAUUAUCUGUUUUCAGAGACAUUAAUUGUUAUUUUUAAAUUUAUUGGUUUGAUUUGGUGUGUAUGCUUCUGAGGCGCGUGGAAUAUGCUUGCUGCAAUUCUUUUUAUCACAAAUUAUAUUUAUUGACAUGUUGUGAAAACUGUUUUUUUACAUGCAGAUUUCAAGAUAUAUUUUGAUCCAGAAAAGAUAUUCCAAUUCUAAAAGUACUUUUAAGUGAAAAUUACUAUGAUUGCAAAUAGAGCAUUAUGCUUUAAAAAACACUUUUAUUUAGUUGUUGUUUGCUUAGCUUUGAUGCACAGGCAGGAAUCUUUAGAAAUUUGUUUUCUCUCCAAAGACAGUGGACACUAUUGGUAAUUGUCAAAGACCAGUCUUCUCACUUGCUGUA